GUUGCAGUGGUUGCUAAAGAGAGUGGGCGUGCGGCUUCCUCUGGGGCGAUCUGAUUUCUCUGGGAGCGUGGUUAAGGCACACUUAAGAGAAAUCGUCCUCGGUGGAGCAGGGAUGCGACCUCUCUGCCAGCAGCAGCAGCUGUGCUGAGCAGGCUGCUCAGGUGCCUGGGCAUGCAUGGAGCUGUUUGCUUUGGGGGGAAAAAACUAUUAGCUUGUUCAUCCAUCCUGGGAAAACAUCAUCCGGCAAUGAAGAGCAAAGGGAGCAAGUUUUCAGGGUGGCAGAGAGACCUUUGGGACCAGCACUGAGGAGCAGCGAAGGCCACCGGCUGCUGCCGGCUGAGCUGCAGCCCCCAGUGGGGUCCCUGUGGGGUGGUGAGAGCAGCGGGGAGGGAGCCGGUGCAGCAGCCACCUCCACGUGACCCUCCAUCCCUGCUCCCACCGAAGAGACCUGGCAGGAGCCAGGCAGCUUCGUCGGACCCGGCCAAAAGUCACACAGGCGCGAGCACAGCCGGGCAGAAGCAGCAACUUCAGCCCCUGCAGCCCCAUGUCGUGGGACACGGGGCAACACCUGCCCCCUGGGCUCCCCAGGGCCACGCUGAGGAAAUCAGCAUCGAUGUACACUGAAAUACAGAGGGAGCGACCAGAUGGUGGGAAUAUCCUGACUCACCCAGACUACAUAGAUGGAAACCCAGACCUCAUCAAACCCAAAAAGCUCCUAAAUCCUGUAAAAGCCUCAAAGAGCCACCAAGAGCUGCACAGAGAGCUGCUGAUGAACCACAAAAGAGGUUUGGGCAUGGAGAGCAAGCCAGAGCUGCAGCGGGUGCUCGAGCACCGACGGCGAAACCAGCUCAUCAGGCAGAAGAAGGAAGAGGAAGAGGCAAAGAAAUUGCAGUCUCCUUUUGAAAAAGAGCUAUUAAAGAGGCACCAGAGGCUGGAUCAGCUGGAGAAAGAGCAGGAGAAGCAGGAAGACCAUGCACCAGAAUUCAUUAAGGUCAAGGAAAACCUGAGAAGAACAUCAACGGUGACUGGGGAUGAGAAAGCAGCGUAGCUUCUGCCAAAACUCAACAGGGAUCCUACCAAGGCCGGCGCUAACACACACACGCUGACAUCUCUGUACAUGGUGGACAUUCACACCUGCACCGUUGGGGCUGCUUAUGGUUAUUAACACUUGCUCCAGUAAAGGCACAAAAAAGGUUUCCCCAGCCCAGUAAGGUACCACUGUGGAAAAGGUGCAGUAUUCACCGAAGAAGUACUCACACGGGGAGAUGCAGAGCGAAAUUAUGUUCUUUUUUCCCCCCAGAUCGUGGGUACAUGCUAACCUCCAGCUAACUCUUGGUUAACCCUAGAAACACAGCGACUGUUUAAGCCAGGGAAGUCUGUGGAGGGAUGGUUUGGGGGACCCCUGCUUCUUCCUGGAGGCAGGCUCACCAGGCACUGGGUGACAGGAGGGCGGCUGCAGCUCUGGAGAAGUUCCUGGAAACCUGGCCUGGUAACUAAAAGGGACAAUCUGUGUAUUACUGAGAACAGCCCAGGCGACCAUAAUGGCUUUCCCAAGGGUCACUGGUAUUGCCCCAGUGUGCGAGUCAAGCCUGGCUGAGGCUGUGUGUACCAGCAGCACACCCGUACUAUUAGAAAAAUCAGCCUCUGUGUGCCCGUACCAAUGCAGCAGAGGCAGGUGCAACUGUUAUUCACAAGCAUCUUUAAACUGCUUUUCAAACCUGUUUGAAAACAGCUCUUUAGGCAGUUCCAUGCUCAGGCAGAAAAUCCAUCGGACCACACCAUCAACACCCCAAGCGGGAGGCAAACGCUCUGUGCAGAAAGCAAAGGCUGGGUGUUUUCGGCAUGGCUGUGUGUGGAAGCGCGCAGUGACCAGGCAGCAGGUCCCUGCAGAUGCAGCAGACAGGCAAACUGCUUCUUGCCCCUGGACGACUGAGCUUCAGCCCCUUACCCAGCAGCCAGACAUGUGACUGAGAAGUGUCAAUGUGGUAAUGUCAUACUGGUGUCCUGGUAGCCACCCUGCACACAGCUGGCAUCUGUAGGCACCAGGGGCUACAGGGCAUGUAUGUGGUGAUGCAAAACCCUUUGUCAGUGCUUUUCAUCCCCUUUUCCAGAGGUCAGAGCUCCCUCAUUGCAGCCACCACCUUGAAAAAGUAAAAAUCUUCUUGCUGCUGGUAUAGCAAAGCUGAGAUAGAUCGUGUGUUUGCGCCACACAUGGACAGAGCCUGCCACACGUACGGAGCACCCAUGCCCUGAGGUGUCCACAUCUAGAGCUGAAAUUGCACCUCCAGGAAUAUCUCAGCUUCUUGCUUCCCACAUCAGCCCUGACACAAAGCCUAAACAGCACAACUCACCAACUGCCUUGGACACCGGCUCUCGAAUGGCAAGCCUCAAUGGACCCAGUCAGCUGGGAAGGUAAUACCUGGAUAAACAAUACCUACUAUCCACAUCUGCAGUGGAUCCAUAUGUAAAUUAAGGGAAACUAAGCAUUUAUCACAUAUUUAUUAAAAAGUUACUAAUCCAUUCCCUAGUCUCCCUGGUCUAGUGGGGUGUUUAAUUUUGAGGGCUGUUGUUCGACCUGGCAGCCUGAGUAAAACAUCUGAGCCACACCACAUCACGAGCAGUGACAGGUACGAGGCUUCUGCGACAGACUGGACAUAAAAGCCCUUCACUCCAUUUCAGUCCUGGAGAGCCCCACCCCACAGCACUGUCUCUGCCGUGAAUUUUAAACCCCUUGCUCAUCACGCUCAUUUUAAAGUUUUUAUUUCAGAAAUCCAGUGCAUAUGGUCACUAAGGGUCAAACAAGAUCUAAAUGGAUUUAUUACACCCCUCCCAACUGAGAAGCUUUUCAUAUAAGUUAUGAUUAAAACCAUGAGGAAGAAGCAGCACUGACCAUUUUUUCAGGGGGAAAAAACAGCCAAAUUUCUCCAAGAAAAAAAAGGUGUUACUAAGGAUGUUUGUACACAGCUGUAAAGAAUGCUGUAUGAUACUCCAUAGGUAACAUCAGUUUAAACAACAAGCCAGAAUUACUGUGCUGGGGGUUUUGUGAGGGGUUCUGGCACAGAUUAAGUAACCUUGAUCAAAGAGCUCAAAAAAAAUUCAGCAAAUUAAUUUGUAAUUUUGCCACAGAUGGACAUGUACUCCAGGAGAGGCAAUCUGUCACUCCAUAUGCACCAGUGUUAUCAGCUCACCCGGGCUGGGACAGGGGCAUUUAUACAAGUCCUUGGGUUGAAGCCAUCCGGUAAGGUCUGGGUAAGCUGAGUGCUCAGAUCAGCACUGAAAAACUUGCAAAUAUUUUGCUGCGGUCUUCCUGAGUACGCAAAUAUUAUCAGAGUGAAAAAAAAUGAGUGUUUCCCUUAGAUGCAGUGCCCACCCAGCACAGUGGGGCUGCACACCAGUGCAGUCCAUGACAGCUAAGGGGCAUCUGGCUCAUUCUCAGCAGGUGUCCAGAAGGGAAAGGGAGGGCCAGGUCACACUGUCCUAACUCAGGCUGAUCUAACAGUCACAGGAAGUCCUUCCAGCGGUGGAGAGACAGCAGAAAGCCCUGACCUGGCAGCUCACCAGGACCCUGCGGGCUGAGAGCCGGCACCCAGCUGCACACCCACACCAAACCCCAAGCAGCCGGUGCUGGCAGCUCCCGCGGGGCCGGGACAGGCUGGAGCAUCCACAUGGCACACAGUGGGACACACGGUGCUUCAUCCACGGCAAGAGCUGCAGGCUCCAGCCCUCCAUGAUGGCACAUGGGAAAUGAUACUUUUACUGUUCAAUGCUGGCUUAAAAAUCACAGCAUCUUCCAACACAGCUCCUCACACCCCUGCGAAGUGGUAAUGCCUCCCUGGCUGGGCUCAGACCCAGAGCCUGGGCAACCUUCACCAAUGCUCUUGUGCUUCAUGGUGUGGCAGCAAUGGAGGUGGCACCCGAAAAAGUAUCAGUGUAGGCAUCAACAGGAAGAUUUGGGGGUAUCUUUGUGUCUCUUUUUCUUUUAAACCAAUUCUUCCCUAUGCCCUUAAAACGCAUUCCUGAAUAAACGUGGUGUAUCCAGAAGACACAGAUUAUCAGAGUAUUGACGGGGACAAUUUUUUGCACUGUGUAUGUUGCCUAUGUGGUAUACAGUCUAUAUUCUGUGUUGGUGUUUAUACAUUUAUAUAAAAAUAUAUGUCAUGCAACUCUACUUAAUUAACUCAUACCUUUUAAUGUGGACAUUUCUGAAGAAAUAAACUAAACUAUGAUUGUA